AUGCCGUACCUGCCCAAGCAGACCAAGGGCAUCUUCAAGAAAGGCCACACGCGCGGCCAGUCCCUCCCCGGCACAUUCAAGCCCGGCAGCUUCACGUCCCUCGCGUCGCUCGCCCUCUCCGACAGCGCCAGCGAGACGAGCUACUCGACCUCGAGCUACACGCCCUCCGUGCGCCCCGCAGACAAGGACACGCUCACCAUCAUCUCGUUGGACAACGUGCACAUCGAGGCGCCGUACACGCAGGUCUGCGCGGCGAGCCGCGCGCUCGCCGACCUCGUCGCGCACUAUCCCUGCGGGUGGGACCCGGAGCGCUCGGCCGUCGCGCAGCCCCAGAUCCACCUGUACCACGGCUACGAGGACGCGGGGACGGUGCGCCGCUUCCUCGAGCUCAUCACCACGGGCUCGCUCCAGCCGGCGUUUGCCAAUACUCUCGUGGAGCUCACGGCGCUCGUGCGCUUCCUGAACAAGUACGACUGCGUGGCGGCGCUUGCCGUGCUGUUCCUCCACAUCCGUAUCUGGCUUUCGGAGGGCGCCAUCUCGCCGCUCGUCGCGUUCGUGUGUGCCGCUAUUGCGGAUAACGAGGAGGCGUGUGUGCGUGCCAUCAGUGUGGCGGACCCUCUCACCCUCGACCCCCGCCACAUGUCCCUCGAGGCGUGGUACCGCAUCCCGCACCACUACCUCUACGCGCUGACCCAUGCGACGAUGGUCCCGGCCCGCAACGGCCCCGGCAACCCGGGGAUGGUCGCCAAGUUCAAGGGCCACCUGCGCGACGCCAAGAAGUACUAUGGCUACCCGGUGCCCUCCAACGGCGUACUCGAGAAGCUCGACAGUAUGGAGCAGUGGCGCGGCUAGGGGAGAGCGAUUGUCGCGACCGACCCGCCGAUUGAUUCUUACGACUGGUGCCACGCUGCUCUGAGCGCGAUGAAUGGCAACGAUACGACGACACGACGACACGACAUGACACGACCGACACGAUCCAUAUUUAACGA